AUGUUGGGCAAAUGGAUGUUGGGAAGUAAUGUUGGGAGGAAAAACGAAAUGCCUGUGUUGAAAUUUUCGCUCACGGUUUUAGCGGUCGCAGGAUGCUGGCGACCAACAUCGUGGACGUCGCUGUUUAGAAACAUAAUGUAUAACGCUUACACAUUAUUAGUAGUUCUAACACUAUCCACAUUUGCGAUCACUCAAUUUAUGGAGCUCUUAUUGAACAUCGACGACGCUGACACAUUCGGCGACGCCUUGUUCAAUGUUAUUAUUUCGCUUCUGGCGUCUUACAAGACGAUUGUUCUACGAAAAAAUCAUGAGAGUAUUAUAAUGAUAAUUAAUAACCUUACCGAAACGCCAUUCAAACCGUUGGAUGUAAACGAAAAUAUGAUUCGAGAGAAAUUUGACAAGAGAAUAACGAAUAAUGCGUUAUAUUAUCUAGUCCUUGUCCUUAUAAGCGCUUUAUAUAUGAUUUUACUUUCGUUAUUCACGGAUUUCAAGAAUGGAACGUUAAUGUAUAAAGCAUGGAUACCGUUUGACUAUUCAAUCUCCGCGCUAUUCUAUCUCGCAUAUGUUCAUCAGAUAAUGACUUUAAUAUUUAUCGGUCUCGUACAUCCCACAUGUGACACUUUCAUUUGCGGAUUGUUAUUACAUAUUUGCUGUCAAAUCGAGAUUUUAGAAUACCGCCUGUCAAACAUCGCUCAAGGAAGCUUGCGCGAUUGCGUACGUCAUCAUAUACGUAUAUAUGAGUAA